ACAGCAGAAUCUACAGUGUGGUAAACACGCAUGCCGGAGAUAGUUGACAGCGGAGAGUGCUGAGUUUAGUGUCGGACACCGCUUCUAUUUAUGCGCCGUAGCGAUCCACCACAAUUCAGUGGCGCCUGCAUACUUUUUCCCGUGGUAUGGUUUACGCGCAUCCAUGUUAAACACCUUCUGCAGUGCUGCUGGCGCAGAACCAUACGACCAAACACGUAGACCUCCGCAGCUUCCAUAAGCACGCCUAUCUAUUCUAAUCUUUUUUCUCGUCCAAUUAAUUGCUUUUGUCGAUUUCUACUGUUAUUUGCACGCACAUAUAAUGAAUGUGUAAAGCAAGAACGGAGGCGACUCAGCUCUACAACGAAGAUGGUUUUAAUGAACCGUUCUAGAGUGCGCAUGAAAACGAAACCUCGGCAUGCUGGCCGAGACGAUGAUGAGGAUGGCACCGAGACUAGAUGCAGCGGUGUGCUACAAAUGUAAACUCAUGUUCGUUGCCACAACGCCAAGUAAUUACGUAGACUACAAUUCGUUCAGUUAUCUCGUAUUGCCAACUGUAGGAUAGGACAAGCGUAAGUUUGCCCACAUCACGCUUCAAGAAUAAAGCGCCACCUGCGGCAAAAUCAGCGCCACCUGUGGCACGCAAGGGAACUUAGAGGUUGGGUUGGUUGGUGGGGAACUUAGAACUUAGUCAUCUCCUCUUUUAUUUUGGGGUCUUCUGAUCCGCUAGCUGCUACACACUCGCUGGCCCUGUUUUGGCCAAGUUUUUGGCUGUGUCCACACCAGGUGGAAGAAGAAGUGGUAUUGAAGCACCAUUGAAGAAGAAGAAGAAGAAGAAGGUACCCUAGUCCUUCCACCCAUCGUGGCCUAUUACCAUUGGGUGUGCCACAGCAAUAGGAAAUAAGAAGAAAGGGAAGAAGAACCUUGUGAGCCUCUCCAGUUCUAGAACCACCUCACAGACCUAGACUGCGAGGAGUUAACCUGACAACACCUUGCACCUCGCAACUGAAGACUCUGUGAACAUGGCCCAGAUGAACCAAUGAAUGUCGUGUCACAAUGAAGACCUCGCGUCAUCUACUGUGCCUCGUUGUAGUUUCUAUUGUGGCACUCUUGCCCGUGUUCUUAUUUCACACCACCGACUUUUCUCAACGAAACAGAGAAGGCGUUCCAGCGCCAUCUCGUCAACCAAGUCCUACGCCUCAAGUUCAAGCACGGCACAUCUUUCCACUCAUCCUGUGCUGGAAUAAGUUCUUCGGGAGGCGUCGUUUAGAUCUAAAACUAAAGAGAGACAUCAAGCUCUCUAACUCUGUGCCUCCCUGUCUCGUGACUUAUGACAGGGCACUUCUGAACGUCAGUGACGCAGUCCUAUUUCACUGCUAUGACAUGGAUGUACGGGACAUGCCAUCGAAACGAUAUCCGCAUCAGAAAUGGAUCUUCUGGUGUUUGGAACCGCCACCAAUGAAGCUCCCUCGGGACUAUGGCCCCGUUGCCUCCCAAUUCAACUGGACCAUGACUUACCACAAGGACUCCGACGUUAUUACGAGAUACGGCGGCUUUUCGAGAAAGAAGAACCCAGUCGCGCUAGAUUUCAAAUCAGCCUGGAAGCAGAAGAGCAAGACAGCAGUGUGGGUCGCCAGCAACUGCCGCGCUCAUAGCAGGCGCGAGGACUUCGUCAAGGAACUCAGGAAGUACAUCCACGUGGACGUCUAUGGCCACUGCGGUGCUCUCAAAUGUGCCAGGGGACUGAGGGCCUCUUGCUAUCGCACCUUCGGGAAGAAAUACUACUUCUACUUAAGCCUGGAGAAUUCUCUUUGCGACGAAUAUGUGACCGAGAAGCUCUACUACCCGUUGGGAUUAAACGUAAUCCCCGUUGUCAUGGGUGGCGCUGAUUACGCGGCAAGAGCUCCACCGCAUUCGGUCAUCAACGUGGCUUCAUUCCGUACACCCCGCCAUCUGGCGGAAUAUCUCAAACACGUCAUGACUGACUACAACCUGUACAAGUCCUAUCUGGAAUGGAAACGGGAGUUCGACGUUCGAGUGGUGGAAAAUUUUGAUGACAGCAUUUGCCCCUUGUGCGAAAAGCUACACAGUCCUGAGUUUAGGACAUACUCCGCGUACGAUAAUGUGAAAAAGUGGUUUGCGAACAAAUCCUCAUGUUAUAAGUAUAACGAUUCUACUUGGAAAGCUGCGCAGAAGGCGAAACUUUCUGCCCCGAGCCAUUAUAAGCGGAAACCAUAGCGCAUCUCGGGACCAGCUGAGAAGAGUCCCCCACGUUAAAGGAACACUCCAGUAAACCCUUAUCUUGCAACGUGUUACCAUGUAAUGUAACGAUAUUUUCAUUUUGAUACCUUCUAGUGGUCUGGCUACGGUAAUGUUUGCUGGCUUAGGGAUACUGUUUAUAAUAAUUCGAUUGAUACCGCUGGAAGAAAGGCUGCGCAGUUACAGGCCCCAGACGUGCGUAAUCUUUGUACAUUUUCCAUAUGUCCGUAAUGUGUUCGAAUGGACCUUCCUUCGGGCGAGCUUCCGCAGUUGUGUUAUACACGGUAAAAUAAAAACUACCAGACGCUA